CCAGCAGCGGAUCAGUCCAGAGAGACACUGCGCUGACGCACAGAUGAUCUGCGGACUGAAAGUUUAACAACGAACAACCAACAUGACUGUAAGCGUUAGGAAAGUCCACAGAAAUGGUUAAAACUUUUUAACUUGACAAGAACCAACAGUGAGUUGUUGGUUUUCUCACAGGCGCAAAACUCACAUUGCGCCAAUUCACGAGUUUCAGUGUCUGAAGAUGCGCCACGAACUGAGAGGAAGGAUGUCGAUGAGCCUGAUAAAGACAGUUAAUCUCAUCACAGGACUGGUCAUUGUUUUCCAGUUUCAACUCACCUUCAUGAAGCUCAAAUCAGUUUAUGGAGUCUACCGCACUGACACACAGGAUCUGUCUCCUCCUGAGGGAAGGUUGGACGUAGUUGGAGGGAACAACGAGCCCAGGGAGAGAGAGAGGUUGGCAUCCAGGACCAGGUCUGGGGCCCCUGGCUGGGCUGCAGAUAAGAGGGGCCACUACAGAGACCAGCACCAACCAGAGGAGUCAGAUCCAGACCUGUUGAUGGAGGAGGGACACGACAACUCUACGCAGAUUGUGGACAUUGAUCACGCCUACUAUACAUCUAAAAUCUACGGCCCUGGAGACACAGCCAGUAAAGACCUGUGGGUGAACGUUGGUGAGAUGGAAGAGGAUGAGUGGAAGGUCAGUGGCUUCCUGUCCAGCACCCACAGACAAGCUGAGAGAGUGAAUCUUUCCUUUGACUUCCCUUUCUACGGUCAUAUCCUGAAAGAAAUCACCGUGGCAACUGGAGGUUUCAUUUACACUGGAGAUAUAAUCCACCGGAUGCUCACAGCCACUCAGUACAUCGCCCCCCUGAUGGCAAAUUUUGACCCAAGUCUGUCGAAUAACUCUACUGUGUUUUACUUUGAUAACGGCACAGCACUGGUGGUUCAGUGGAACAGGAUUCACCUGCAGGACAACAUCAGUCUGGGAACUUUCACUUUCCAGGCUGUUCUGCACAGUGACGGACGCAUCGUAUUUGUAUACAAAGAGAUUCCUGUAGACAUCAACGACAUCAGCACUGAGAAUCACCCUGUCAAAGUUGGUCUGUCGGAUGCUUUUGUGGUGAUUCACGAAAUCGAGCAGAUCCCGAAUGUUCGGAGGAGAACCAUUUAUGAGUAUCACAAAGUCGACAUGCUCAAGUCCAAAAUCUCCAAUUCUACAGCUGUGGAGAUGUUACCUCUCCCUACAUGUCUCCAGUUCUCCAGCUGUGGACCAUGUGUCACUGCUCAGAUUGGCUUUAACUGUAGCUGGUGCAGUCGGCUACAAAGGUGCUCCAGUGGCUUCGAUCGUAACCGGCAGGACUGGGUUGACCUCGGCUGCCCGGAGGAGAGAAGAGAUCCCUGGUGUCUCCGAAAGACGGACGUCACAAAUGCCACAUCUCGCCUCACACACACAACCACUCCUGUUACGACCACAGUGCAGCAGAAGACCUCCAGCAUGACCUCCACCUCCCUCAGCAAGACGUCCACUGUCACCAAACCCUCAAUACACAGCAGCACGAGCAGAAGAACAUCCACUCCACAGCCUCCUACCAGCAAACCUGCAGAAGAUGACACGAAGAUGUCUUUGCACAUCAACGAACCACCAGAAAAUAAGGAGCCCCCAGGGGAGAGUAAUGAGCAGCUGCAGAUUGGUCUAAUGGCAGGCAUCGUCAUGGUGACGGUGAUCAUGGCAGCAGCUGUCCUCCUGUCUGUCUACAUGUACAACCACCCGACCUCCAGCGCCAGCCUCUUCUUCAUGGAGCGGCGGCCGACCCGCUGGCCAAUCAUGAAGUUCAGGCGGGGCUCAGGUCGCCCCUCUUACGCCGAGGUGGAGGCUCCCGGUCAGGACAAAGACGGCACGGUGGUCAUCGACCCCAAACAGUCUUUUGUCAUGUCAGACAGAAGAGAGAGUGAACAGAAAGAAGGAUUCAUAGUUCCUGAUCAGAGGGAGCGCUUCCUAGUCUCAGAAAGCUCCUGA